AUGAGCUAUACUCAUGCUCGGCACAAAACCUUUCAAGUGAGAAUCAAGUUCAAAACAGUCAAAUUCGGCCAUGACGAACUUUUCCACUCGGAGAGCGCUCGCCUAAAGUUGCCCUCCGCAAAGAUCGACAUCAUGGCUAUCGACAGUCAAGUAAACUCCAUGAUCCAUUCUUCCCUCCACAGCGCCGCCAUACCAUCAGCCCCUCAUGACAACAACCCUCAUAUCUCCAGGCAUGUCUCGCCUCCAAGUAAUAGCUUUGGAUCCUCCGCACGCAAUAUUUUGGCGGAUAUGGAUUAUUCCGACUACGUUUCCGAUCCCUCUCCGGCGGCUACAGAUUUACUGAAGAGGCUGGUAGAGCAGGCAGUGUGGAAGUACGCCAUUGUCUCUCUUGGCCAGCCUUUUGAGGUUGCGAAGACCGUCCUUCAGGUCUUUAUUACAUCUGGGAAGCAAAAGCGAAUCGAAAAUCUACCUUCCCUCAACGACUCAAAAAGAAGACCUGCAGGUCACCGGCACCUGCCGUCUGAUGACGACUCAGAGGAUUCGGCUUCAUACUUCACCUCUUCAGCUCCCCUCCCCCAUAGCUCCACACAUCCGAGAGGUAGACGACGUCGUCUCUCAUCUAGUCCAGACGGUAUCCCUCGAGUUCAUCAACCACAGUCACCGCCCAGAAAUCCAUUAGGUCCUCACAUUUUGGAUCUCAAAUCCUCCUCGUCCGUCACAAGUGCGCUGUCCUCUUUAUGGAAUAGAGAAGGCGCUUGGGGUGUGUGGAAAGGCACUAACUGUACAUUCGUAUACUCAAUUCUUCUUUCUACCGUCACAGCAUUUGUACGAUCAUUUCUCUCCGCCCUCCUUGGGCUACAGGAUCCAGGAUUAUCUGGAUUCCUCACAGCCUCAGGACCAUCUGCCUACGCGGGUGGACUGGAUAUCACUUCAUCCUCAUCGCCACUAUCUUCGUUGGCUGUAGCCGUCUCAGCCGCCGGCGUGGCCGGAAUAUUCCUGGCGCCCCUAGACAUUGCGCGAACAAAGCUCAUUCUAACCCCUUCUACUCAUCCACCAAGAUCUAUACUGACAACUUUAAAGACGCUACCCAGCUGGCUCUUACCUUUCUCCAUCGCACCUACAGCUAUUCUUCACGCUGCGCUUCCGACUUUGAUCUCGGCAUCUACUCCACUCUUUCUGAGAACGAAGCUAGGUAUCGAUCCGGUAUUGACCCCUAAUCUCUAUUCGGUCUCGACUUUCUGCAGUCAAAUGAUCGAAUUGGGUGUCAAGCUACCUCUCGAGACCGUGCUCAGGAGAGGCCAAAUGGCAGUAGCACGUUCAACGCCACAGAUUAAAUCCAUGGCAACAAUCGUUGAAGUGGGACCUUAUAAUGGUCUGUUUGGCACCAUGAGCUCUAUCCUGUACGAAGAGGGUGACAGUAGAGCCCCUUCAUCAGCAAGCGAGUUAUCCAAAGGAGGUAAAGGCGCGCCCGGCAUGAAAGUCAACAAGAUUGGACAAUCGCAGCGGAAACAACAAGGAGUGGGAGGGCUCUAUCGAGGAUGGCGAGUAGGCAUGUGGGGAUUGGUAGGGGUAUGGGGAGCCGCUACUAUUGGGGGUGCCGGUGGAAAAGGGGGUGAAUUUUGA